AAAUAUUAAACACUUCAGUGGUUUCACCAAACCGGCGCUGUGACAGGACCGUGUGCACAACGGCAGGUGCUACCUAUUAGCAACGCUGUGGGACGGAUUUCUUACGAAACUCAAGAUGUUUGAACUGGCUUCAAACAUCACAGUUCAUCCACAAACGCAGGUGAGGAUGAAGCAGAUGACACACAUUCACCUGUAUGUCAAAGCUAACAGGAACUAGAUGUCCCAGUUCAGGAUUCCCUAUAAACUAACAAUAAACUUAUAUUUUUGCUUUAACGUAUCACCAUGAAGUAAAUGUUGCUUUUACGACGCUGAUGGAAUAAUGAAACCGUCUGUGUUUAGACUGGUUGCCUGUCACUUUCACUUGUGCGGUUCUGUCUGCCACUGGGCACGAAAUCUCCGGCGAAAACGAAGGCCGACUAGCGAUCCAGUGGCCUGGCGCCAUUUCUGUCCGCUUUCAUGUCUCUAUUACAGACUAAAUGAGUAGAUGUACUUAGUCUUGGUCUCAGGUUGUUCGUAGUUGCUACUUCAAACAAAAUGGAAAGCGAUCCGAUUGUCUUUUCAGCUGUGGUGCCAACAAUAAUACCUCUCAGAAAUGUUGUCUGUUUCCACUUUAACUAAAAUCUGAAAAUAUGACCGAAUGAUGGAAAACAGACAGAGCAGAGUUCUCUUUGUAAUUGUUACCAGCAUCAUUUUAGUUGUACUCACCUCUCUUCUAUGGAUUCUACAGGGUGUGCAGUAUUGAAUAUCCCUGUGAGAUUGCUUUAAUGUUCCUUUAACAUUCCUAAAUAAAAGGUUUGUUGUGACUUUUGAACAGUGGACCUCUAAAAUGGGAACACAAUGUUCGUCCCGCAGGUAGUUAAAACAGAAUCUCUGAGGAUGCUUCUACAGCCAGAUGCCUGAUCACAACAUACCUCCACUGACCCUCUCGACCUCCUUACCUUCCUCUUUCUGACCAGCUCUCCUUGCAGAUGGUUGAUCUGGAGGAAGGAGCCAUUGGUGCCAAUGGCGCUGACCGGCCUGACCACCCGUACAGGCCUCCUGGGCGGCCUGGAGAGACCCUUGACUUCUUCCGCUGUACCGUUCCCAAACUGACUGCGUCUAUUCACAUUACUGCUGCUCAUGGAGAAAGACUUGUACAGGCUGCCAUCUAGAGAGGACCUCCCAGCCGUCUGCAGCAUUUCCACUGGCCUCCGGGUCCAAUCCGAUUAAAGUGUCAGUCAUGCCCCAAAGCCACAGAACUGCUGGAGUCUUCAUGCUUAUUGAAGGAGGAAGCUACACCUUCAACUUCACCGCUGCCACAGCCGCCUGCCUGUCUCUGAACGUCUCCAUGGCGACCAGAGAGCAGAUGGAGCGAGCGCUACAGCACGGACUGGAGACGUGCAAAUAUGGAUGGACGGCUGAACAGAUCGCAGUCAUCCCACGAAUUAAAGCCGACAAAAACUGUGGAAAAGGCAAAACCGGAGUGGUGACGUGGCUCACAAGCACAGAUAAAGAGUUUGCUGUGUUCUGCUUCAACGCGUCAGAUUCAGAGGAAACUCCAAAUACAUCAACAGUGAGGCCACAAAGCUCUACGUUCUCCACCACACUGACAGCACCGACUGGCAGCUCAACACCUGCCACACCUGCCACACCUCUGCUCAGACAAUCAAGCAAGUCUCCUCCAUCGGGAAAGCUCAGAACAACAACAGCCCCUGAACAAACCUCUUUCACCUCAGCUUUAACUCUCCUCUUCAAGACGGCACACUCAACGAGGAUUCCCACCACCUCCACCGCUUUCAAGACUUUCUCCACCCCUAUUCCUACUUCUCUUUCUCGCCUUAUCACCUCAAAACCAGUUGCUGUCAGCUUUGCCCUUUCUACUUCUGUUCAUGCCUCCAGUUUCUCUGUUUUCUCUGAGUCAGCUUUGCCGCCACCGGUGAGCCCUGCAAAACCUCUAGGAGAUGUGCCAACAGCACUCAUCAUUCUUGGCAUCAUCCUUCUGCUCCUGACAGCAGCAGGCGUCGUGUGGUACUGCAAACUGAACAUUUUCACAUUUUGGCCUCAGGGACAGCAGAAGGACGACAUCGAGACGGAGAUGUGGAAGCACACCAACAGUGAGACAGACCUGCACAGUCAACAUGAAGGAGGAGAAGAAGAAGAAGAAGAAGAAGAAGACGAAUCAGACUGGAAGUACUCCAGUGAUAUCACGCUGUGUGUGAAUCCACACAUCAAGACAAACUCUUCAGAGUAGCUUUAUGAUUUUCUUUCUAAAGUGGAUUCAGUAAAUUACAGCCACAGUGUUUCAUAAUGAAUUUCAGAUUACAGGAAGGUUUACUUUAUAAAUGUUUUGAUUGGUUUAUUGUCCUUUUCAAAGUAUUUGUAAAUAUGCACAUUCUGAACUUACUUUUACUGGGAUUAAAAAGUAGCAAUUAUUCAAAAAUCUUGUUUGCAUCUUGUUUUUGAAAUCCAUUUUUCAUCAAAUGAUUUGUAUGUACGUAUGAAGAGUGACGCAGUGUAAUGUCAGUAAAGCAGCUUAUGAAAUGUGAGGUUAAACUAAAAACAUUUUCAUUCAUGGGUCUUUAAAUGCUGAAUAUAUUAAAC